UAUAUGUCAAAGUUGACGUAUAAAAAUGUAGUUUAUAAAAGUUUAAAAUAUAUUAUUGUUUUCUUACCUUAAUUAUUUAAUGAAAUAUUAAGAAAAAAGUGAAUUUAAGAAUGAUAGUAUUCAUAUUUUAAAAUGCAGCCACUAAUAUCACCCGUCGAUCAUGAAUCUCGACAUAGUUCAUACCACGCUGAUGAUGAACUCCAGAACCCGUCGGAGGAUACUCCGCUCCUCCGUCGCUUCCCACGUGUGAACGACACUACUAAUGUGAUCACGGCCGUGAUAGUCAGCAUGAUGAUUCUGGUGUUGCUAAGUGGAUUUGCGAUUGGCGUUUAUCUCUUGGUGUUGCAAAGCGAUGCAGAUAAUAUGUUGCCACCGAUCGAGAUGCCACUAUUUGUGGCUCGAUCCCAAUGGGAUGAAUCGAGCCCCACGCCAUCUGAGGAACCCAUAAAUCCAUUUAAAGCGAAGUCCGUUGUGAUCGAACAGACGGACACAGGCCAGUGUCAGGGGAAGAAUGCUUGCAUACAGCUGAUGAAAUCAAUGCAGGCGAACUUGAACGAUAAUAAAACGCUGCCAUAUAACUUUGCGAUUUCAACCGAUGGUUUUAUCUACGAAUGUCUCGGAUGGGAACAGCCGUCGCCUUUAUAUCCUGAGCUUUAUGGUCUAGUCAUUGCGUUUAUAGGUAAUUAUACUGUAGUGAAGCCAUCGAGCAGUCAACUCGAGUCCGCGUAUAACCUGAUAACUGUAUCCUUAGCCAACAACUAUCUCGAGAGGGAUUUUAUAUUCACUAGCAAAAAUGACACGACAUUAGUCGUAAGCUAUCUUAAGAAGGCGUUAACCGAUUUGUCUCGAUCGAAAUUACAGAGGCGAAGCCUACUGGUGCCGAAAAUAUAUAUGUUUAAAUCGGCCAAAUAUAACUUCAACUAACUGAACGAAGGACACUGUUUUGCAAUCCUUCAUUAUAUUAUAAUAAUAAUAAUAAAAAAAUAUAUACUCAAAUUUAUUGGAACUUAUCUCGGGUCGAGAGGAAUUUUAGCUAUAGAGUAUAUCUAUACACCUUUAAAUUUAACAUAUACAUUAUUAAUAUAAUAAGAAAAAUUUUAGUAUUUCAUGUCCGUCUGUCUAACAUUGCCUUUGAUAGUCCUGUUUGUAAUGUAAAGUUUCUCGAUCUUAUUUAAAUAAGUCAUUUACGCGCACAGUCUAAAACAAAAACUACUAAUAAGUAUACGCUGUAUGGAGGUAAACAAAACCCGAAAUAUAAAUAGUAACUUAGAAAUAAGAAUUCGGUUCCGUCUACAUUUAAAAAAAAAUAUAAAAAAUUUGACUAGAAAUGUUCCCAUACAAAAAAAAACAAACUCAACUUAAUAAUGAUGGUUUGUUUUUUUACUAAUGGCAAUACUUAUUUAUUUUUUUAUUCCAAAGCGUAAAUCUUACAAUUUGACUGCUAUUUUAUCAAUAUUUA